AUGGCGUUGAAGGCAGUUGUCUACAGCCUCAGUGGCAAAUCUUGGGUGGUCGAUGGCCAGCAGGGCUGGAGCGUGUUGGAUGUGAUGAAAGCCUUGGAGGACACAUCUGGUGUGCCUCGACGAGACCAACGAUUAAUUUUGGGCGACCAAGAGUUGAAGGAAACGGAUCUGCUGAGUACUCUUGGUGAGGAAGUGCACUUGAGCUUGCUCGUGCGCAAUCCCGAGAUUGGUGACUGGCUGCAGAAGAUCAAGGCUGCGGAGUUCCCGCAGGAUCUCUUUCGAUCUGCCCCGGAGCACAUUCGGGACAACCAGGAGAUUGCUUUGGCAGUGGUUUCAAGACACGGCUUUUCGCUGAAGUUCGCAUCCCACAACCUGCGUGACGACCGCCAAGUGGUGCUGGCAGCUGUGCAGCAAACGGGUGCAGCUCUGGCCUAUGCAUCUGAGAGUUUGAAGGCGGAGAAGGACCUGGUCCUACUGGCCGUGAAGUGCCACGGAGCCGCACUGGAACAUGCCUCGCAGGACCUUCAGUCGGAUCGUGAAGUGGUGCUGGCGGCAGUUUCCAAUCAAGCGCGUGCUCUUCGCUUUGCAGCCGAGGAGCUCCGCGCGGAUGCGGAAGUGGUUGCAGUGGCCGCCCUGAAAGACGCUGCAGCACUUGCCUUCGUCACUUGUGCCAAGGUGUUAUGCAACCGUAGGGUGAUGGAGCCUGUAGUGAAGCGAAAUCCUGCUGCUCUGCAGUAUGCAGGAGAAGAGCUUCGAUGGGAUCGGGCCUUGCUUUUGCAGGCAAUUAAAAAGGACCCUUCGGCCUUGAAAUAUGUUCCAGAGGAGUUGCGUUCUCAUUGGGACUUUGGGCACCUUGGCAGUAGCCGCUAUCCGAAUGACAACGAGUAUUCGGACAAGUACCAGGAUGAGAAAUAUGAGUACCGUCAUGUGAUCCUGAACAAAGCCACUGCACAGAAAGUGUGGAGGUUGACCAAUAGCAUGGGACGUUUGAUGCAAGAGGAUGAAUGGCGGGGCGUGGGGGUGGAACAAAGUCGUGGAUGGGUUCACUAUGAGAUCCACCGUCCCGAGCCUCAUAUCCUGCUUUUUCGGCGUCAUCUGGGAACCGAUCCAACCACCGGAAAGGUCCCAGGAGCUUAA